AUGACAACGACAACGACGACCUCUACCACCACUGAAGCGGCCACUACAGCAGCCGAAGCCCGCCAGUUCACGUCCACACUCGGCUCGACCACUGCAUCUUCACUGAGCAGUGAACCGACGUCACCCCUGGCGUCCCUGUUGAACGGUGACAUCCUGGAGCAGGAUCGUACCCGCCGUCCGGUUGUCCAGCAACAGCAGCAAGAUAACACCGCCGAGGAGGAGCAUGACGAAGAGCAGGACCAGGCGGAACACGACGACGAGGACGAGCAGCUGCACGACGAGCUGGAGGAGGACGAUGAGGAAAACGUUGUCGGUCGCAGCAGUGGUAACGCCAGCAGCAUCGAUGCCAUCGAGGACGAACACGAGGGGCACGAACACCACGAUGAGGAGGAAGAUCAUGAGGAGCAGGAUGAGGCCGACGACGAGGAAGAGCAGGCGGCCGAUCUUCAUCACCAGCAGGCUCUCGCUGCCGGCCAGGAUACGGACGCGGUUUCUGCCGGCCUUCCCGAGGACAUUCCGGUCGAGCAGAAGCUGAAGCAAAUCACGAAGGAGAUCGAGCAGCUGUCCGGUGGGGCCGGAGCCGAUCGGGAGCUACGUGUCGACAGCCGUCAGAGUUUCCUAUCGCUUUCUGAUCUGAUCAAAAACAUUCGCCCCGCGGAGAAGGUGGUGCCGCAGAUCGAUUCGUCAUAUGCCAACACGAUGCGCGUCCUAGGGGAACCACUCAGCCAUGCACAGAGAUAA